AUGGAGAUGGAAUACAUUGUAAAUGGAAUAGAUCUUGGUGAGUGGGAAUUUGCUGCCGAAGCAACUCCAGCUAAAGCAAUUGGAGGCCGUUGUCGCUCAGCUGGAAUCAACCAAUCAAUUUUAAAUAUCCUUUUGAGCAGAAAGUUGACUGAUGAGCAAUUACCAACAAAAUUGGCUCACAUCGGGGAAUUAAAAUCCACAAUAAAGAUUUUUAACUAUGCAAUGGAAAUAUAUGAAAAAGUCAAUAAAAUGUUUUAUGAACUGGACCAUGGGCAUAACUUACUUAAGGAUAUCUUCAAAGUUGAUGAUUACAAUGCAAAUCAACAUUCCAUGGUGACACCAAAGAAUAAAUCUCAAGUAUUAACCGUGAUUGAAGAAAUGAAAAGUAAAGCAGGAAAACAUUGA